AUGGUACUGAACUUGUUAGUGAGAGUUGGACAGGACUUGUUAGUGAGAGUGAAAGGUACAGGACUUGUUAGUAACAGUGGUACAGGACUUGUUAGUGAGAGCUGUACUGGACUUGUUAGUGAGAGUGGUACAGGUUUUGUAAGUAAAAGUGGUACAGGACCUGUAAGUAAAAGUGGUACAGGACCUGUAAGUAAAAGUGGUACAGGACCUGUAAGUAAAAGUGGUACAGGACCUGUAAGUAAAAGUGGUACAGGACCUGUAAGUAAAAGUGGUACAGGACCUGUAAGUGAAAGUGGUACAGGACCUGUAAGUAAAAGUGGUACAGGACCUGUAAGUAAAAGUGGUACAGGACCUGUAAGUAAAAGUGGUACAGGACCUGUAAGUAAAAGUGGUACAGGACCUGUAAGUGAAAGUGGUACAGGACCUGUAAGUGAAAGUGGUACAGGACCUGUAAGUGAAAGUGGUACAGGACCUGUAAGUAAAAGUGGUACAGGACCUGUAAGUAAAAGUGGUACAGGACCUGUAAGUAAAAGUGGUACAGGACCUGUAAGUGAGAGUUGUACUGGAAUUGUUAGUGAAAGUUGUACUGGACUUGUUAGUGAGAGUGUGAUUUGCCGUGGAGAUUGUAGUGAGAUUUGA